AUGGCAUUAGUACUAGUUACUACUAUGACAGUAUCCUUCACUUCCCCUGCUCUUAGAUUGCACAGAGUCAUGGGGAGAAUUCACUGUAAUUUCCUUCUUGGACUUCUCUUGUCAUGCUUUCUAUCAGAUAGCUUAGCCAUGGCAUCAAACAACAUCACAACUGAUCAAUCGUCUCUUCUUGCCUUGAGAGCUCACAUUUCAGUUGACCCUCAACAAAUCUUGGCCAAAAACUGGUCUGUUUCAUCUUCUGUUUGUGACUGGAUUGGAGUUACCUGUGGCUUUCAUCAUUGUAGAGUGACUGCCUUAGACAUUUCGAACAUGGGGCUUACCGGCAUCUUACCGUCACAGUUGGGAAACCUGUCAUUUCUCAUUUCUCUUAACAUGAGCAUGAACAAUUUCCAUGGAGAAUUGCCGAAUGAACUUGCUUGGUUGCACCGAUUAAAAGUACUUGAUUUGGGUUUGAACGAUCUUACCGGAGAAAUUCCUGAGUGGAGUAGUUCAUUUCCCAAACUUCAAUACUUGUCCCUCAGAAACAACAGUUUCACUGGCCUAAUCCCGCCUUCCAUUUCUAACAUGUCAGAUCUGAGAAGUUUAUACCUUUCAAACAACUCUCUUGAAGGUAACAUUCCGGAAGAGAUCUUCAACAUUUCUUCACUGGAAAUGAUUUCGUUGGGAGGUAAUCGCUUAUCUGGAAGUCUUCCAAUUUAUAUGUGUGGCAAUCUUCCGAGACUAAGAGUCAUUCGCCUAUCAAAGAAUGAAUUGAGUGGUCCAAUACCAUCAAGCUUAGUCCAGUGUUCAGAACUUCAGGCUGUAUCCUUUUCGUUCAACAAGUUUAGUGGAACCAUACCAAAAGAAAUUGGGAAGCUGAAGAAACUUGAGGUGAUAUACUUCUCCAUGAACAAAUUAGUAGGUGAAAUUCCAAAAGAGCUUGGAAAUUCAACCAUGCUCAAAUUCUUGGACUUAGCUGAUAACCACCUAACAGGCGUAAUACCGCGAGAGAUCGGCAAUUUAUACAAUCUGGAAACACUCAGCUUAGGGUGGAAUAACUUGACUGGUUCCAUACCAGUAGAGAUCUUCAACCUCUCCAGGGUAACAUUGAUGUCACUCGCAGGAAAUCAGCUUUCAGGAAAUCUUCCAUCAACAGUGUUUUAUGGGCUUCCAAAUUUAGAACAACUUUAUCUCAACUCUAACCACAUUGUUGGAGACCUACCCGAGUCAAUUACAAAUUCUUCUAAACUUCUUGUUGUAACCGUGUCUGACAACUUCUUCACAGGCCAUAUUCCCAUUUCCCUCGGUAACCUAAGACUCCUCCAAGUGCUGGAUCUAGGAAGCAAUAAGUUAGUCACUGACUUUUCGCAUCCAGAGACUAGCUUCAUCUCUUCCUUGGCAAAUUCCAAGAAUCUGAGAACAUUAGCUGUGAAUGACAAUCCACUGAAUGGCAUUCUUCCGGAGUCAGUUGGGAACCUUUCUAGCUCCCUUGAAAGACUUUAUGCAUACAGGUGCAAUCUCCAGGGAAAAGUUCCUGAUGGAAUUGGAAAUUUGAGCAGUUUGUUUAUCUUAAGCCUGUACGGUAAUCAGUUGACUGGACCGUUGCCCAUUACAAUACAACGUCUGCAAAAUCUUCAAGCGAUAGUUCUUUACAUGAACAAACUAAACCAAGUCAGCCUGGAUUACUUCUGUACUUUCACAAAGUUGGGUGCAAUAAUUCUGGGCCAAAAUCAAAUUUCAGGAGCAGUCCCAGAUUGCUUAGAAAAUGUUACUUCUCUGAGAUAUCUUUACCUAAAUUCCAACAGAUUGAAGUCUAGUAUUCCUAGAACUUUGUGGAACCUUACAGAUCUCUUGUUGCUCGAUCUUUCCUCAAAUUCACUAACUGGCUCUCUACCUCUAGAAAUGCAGAACUUGAAGGCUGCAACAGGCUUGAUUUUAUCACUGAAUAACUUAUCAGGUGGCAUACCAAGCACAAUAGGAGAUAUGCAGAGCCUGGAUCAUCUUUCUUUGGCACACAACCAACUGGAAGGUUCAAUACCGAAGUCAAUUGGUAGUAUCUUAAGUUUGGAAACUGUGGAUCUAUCACAUAACUUUUUCUCUGGUUCCAUUCCAAAAUCACUUGAGAAUCUUAAGUAUCUUACAAGCUUCAAUGUCUCUUUUAACAAUUUAAGUGGCGAAAUUCCUCCGAAUGGCCCUUUCGCAAACUUCACUAGUGAAUCCUUUAUUUCAAAUAAAGCACUUUGUGGGGCUCCAAGGUUACACGUCCCACCAAGUGUAAGUUUUUCAGCUAAAACAUCGGGAAACAAAAAGAAGUUCGUAAUCAUUUUUAGUACAGCAGGGGUGAUAACAGUUUUAGGUGCCAUGUCCCUGGGAUUUGUUUACCUAAGAUAUCGAAGGAAAGGUAAAAGUCCCAUAGAAGCAGAUAUGUUUACACAAGAAAGAAUUUCCUUCUACAAACUUUCACAGGCAACCGAUAAUUACGAUGAAAGGAACUUUUUGGGAAAAGGAAGUUUUGGAUCUGUUUACAAAGGUACCCUUGAUGAUGGGAGGGUUGUGGCUGUUAAGGUGUUUGAUUUACAAUCAGAAGGAGCAUUGAUGAGUUUUGGAGCAGAAUGUGAAGCAUUGCGCAAUCUUCGCCAUCGAAACCUCACAAAAGUCAUUAGCAGCUGCUCUAAUCCUGACUUCAAAGCAUUGGUUCUUGAAUUCAUGCCUAAUGGAAAUCUUGAGAAGUGGUUGUAUUCCAGUGACUCAUCUCUAGAUAUUAUCAAGAGAUUGGACAUCUUGGUGGAUGUUGCUUCUGCACUGCAGUAUCUCCACUACGAGUGUGCAACACCAGUAGUGCACUGUGAUUUGAAGCCUAGUAAUGUCCUGCUAGAUGAAGAUAUGGUUGCCCAUGUAAGUGAUUUCGGCCUUACAAAGCUGUUGGCUCCAGAGGAAAGCAUUGUAUACACCAAAACACUAGCCACAUUUUGCUAUCUUGCACCAGAGUAUGGAUCCGAAGGAAUAGUAUCCCCCAAAUGCGAUGUUUAUAGUUUUGGAAUCAUGGUGAUGGAAGUGUUUACAAGAAUGAACCCCAACAAUGAGAUGUUUGGUGAGACUUUGAGCCUCAGGAGUUGGGUUGUGGAUUCUAUGGCUAAUACAUUAGCUCGUAUUGUAGAUGCCAAUUUGGUAAGCACAACUGAUCGUCACUAUCUUGAGAAGCUGGAGUGCAUUUCUUCCAUCAUGAAAUUGGCUCUAAAUUGCACGAAGAAGUCUCCGGCUGAGAGAAGCAAUAUUCGAGAUGCUCCUGUGGCACUGAAAAAGAUCAAAAUUCAGCUUGUGCAAUAUGUGUAA